GAGCAGUGGCUGGGCUGCACUCACACACAGCAACCUAAAAAAGACCCAAGCCACUGCCUAGACACUAAGGGAGGAAUUAGACCAGUGCCUUGGAGCUGUGUAACCCCUUGAGCAGGAGACAGGUUUCCCUUGCACCUCUGAGCUUUCCCCUCCUUCUCUGCCCUGCAGGCCCUGGGGAGAUGAGCAUUUCAUCAGAGCACAAGUCCCUUGGGAAGCAAGUCACAAGCAACCUGCAAACGUUGUCGCCGAUCAUAGAGCUGAAUGUUGGUGGGGAGAUGUACAUAACAACUCUGAGUACCUUGAAGAAACACCCAGGCUCCAAGCUGGCUGAGAUGUUUACAGGCCAGCCCAAGCUCCGGACCGACUCUGAGGGGAGGUACUUCAUCGACAGGCCAGGGACCUAUUUUAAAUACAUCUUGGAAUAUCUCCGUAGUAACCAAGUGCCCACCCAAUGUGUCCAGGAUGUGUAUAAAGAGGCCUUGUACUAUGACAUUGAGCCUCUGAUCAAGCAGCUGGAAGAUUCCCCGCAGAUAUUUGGUGAGCUGGUGGCAAGGAAGCAGUUCCUGGCCCGUGUGCCCAGCUACAGUGAGAACAUUGAGCUGAUGAUCCGCAUCGCCAGGGCGGAGGCGGUCGCUUCCCGUCAGUCUAGCGUCAUGGUCUGUGUGGUCAGAACUGAGGAGGAUGUGGCCAAGUGUCACGAAGCCCUGAACAGUUUGGACACGGAUAAGAAAUCGGUGGUGAAGUUCGGCCCCUGGAAGGCAACGCCAACUAUUUCUGACCUGCUGGACUGCAUCAAAAUGGAUGUGGAAGCCAAAGGGUACAACGUUUCCAUCCAGCCCCACGUCGCAGAGAAAGGCUUCCGGUUCAAAUCCUAUGACUUUUUCUACAAAUUUGUCUUCACGUGGUGGUAGCAAAACACCACCCCUGGCAAGGAUUGUUAUUAAAACAAAGAGACUUUAAUGCAAACAGCCUUGAAUGGUAGCCCAGCAGUGCCCUUCCUGCAGAACCAUUUGGGAACUGCAUGUGGACUUUCCGCAAAGUCUGUUUGUGGACUUUGUGGACUUUGCGCAGAGUAACGUGGGCCAGGGGAAGGAUCUCUUGUGAUGUCCUCUGCAAAGUUAAUGAGGAAUCAGGACUGUUUUAAUGGAAAGGUAAUAGAAAUGUGAUACACUAAAACUCAGAUCAUUUAUAUGAUCAUUUGUAUGAAGAUCUGGGUUUAUAACUCUGUGAAAUAUCCAGGUUUUGCUAUCCACUGGGCUUAUUCCUGCUAUAACUUUCAGUCAUUUUCUGCCUGCUCUCCUGAGAAGUGACAGGCCUGGCAGAGCCAAUUCAGAUCCAGAAUAGGCUAAAUUUCACUUAACUUGUGCGUUGUCAGCUCCAAUGAGGGACGUGUGUUAAAGGUGGGGUAAAGCCCCUGCUUUGUGCUGUCCCAAACCUGAGUGCCAUGUGCAGUGCUAGUGCAAAUGAGCAGCCAGUUUCAUUCCUAAAAGCCCUGAGAGAUUAAAACUGCUGUCAGGACCCAGAGCAGGAUAGGGAUGCACUGUCCUUGCCCUUUUCCCUCUCACCUAAUUCUAUGCCAGAAGCCAGGACUGGCUGUAGAAGAGAAAACUCUCUGCAAUGCACUGCCACCAAAAGAUCCCCUUGGCUCUGUGGGGAUCCUUCUGGGACCUGCCAACCAGUUUGACUGCAAGAAACAACUGUGGGAGCAGUGCAAACGUUCAAAGGACCCAAUCCAUAAUGUUUAUUUUUGAGGAACAGGGAGGAUAAUAGGCAGCUCCACCUCCAGACAUGAGGUUGCAUUUCCAGGGUGGCAGGGGCAUGGGGAUCAUCUUUGUAGAGCAGCCCAUCAGAUCUGGCAGUGUUAGUGGGACAGAAUAAAUGCAGGAGGACACCAAGUCCUUAGUUUGUUUAUAACUUCACUCUGAAGGUCCUUUAGAUUAGUUAUACAUAUUCAGAUGAAAGUCAUAUGAGCACAUGCAACUCCCAUUGAACCUCCUGGGAGCUGUGCUUAUUCUUGCCAUGGUUAUAUUUGGUCCUCCACUGAGAAGUUAAAUGCUGUAGUACAGUGGCUUUUAGCCUGUGCUCUGUGGCCACCUGGGGGUCCACAGACUAUGUCUAAGGGGUCCUUGAAAGAUGACUAUGAUCAAUCAAAAGCAGGUGAAUAGCCACACUUAUAAUUCAAAGGGAUCUGCACCUCCAUUCAUUUUUUUUUAGGGGUCUGCAAAUGAAAAAAGGUUGAAAACCACUGCUGUAGUACAGUUUGCCCAGCAGGCUGGAUGGGCAGUGCCUGGUCUGUCCACGGGCUGGAUGCCAGUCUGACGCACAAGUCAGAUGCGGCCCCAUCCAGGUGUGGGGAGCGGGAUGGGGCAGCCCGACCCUGAUCCAGCCAUGUGACAUAAGGGGGUUAGCCAGGUCCCAGCAAGGCCCCCCAGGGUGGGGAGGAAGCAUAGCAUAGCCCCAUGAGGGGAAGAGGGUAUGGCCUGGUCCCCUUUCAGCCAUGAUUCGGGUAUGCGGGGGAAGGGGGUUUGGUCUGGCAGAGGGGGCAUGGCUCAGCCCCACAAGAAGGGUGUAUGGCCCAGCUCCAACCCACUGCACGGGACUUGGGAAUCUAACAUCAGGGGAGGGUGGUGGUAUUAAUCACCACUGCUCCCCACCACUGCCAAAUUCCUGUGCCAUGGCUCUGCAAGCUGCAUGUGUCUUGUAGGCUGGAGGUUGAGCACCCAUGCCUUUGCAUAGUGUUUGUCAUCCUUUUCCAUACCAGGAUCCCACAUUAAAAAAGAGAAUCAUCAGGGCCCUCUCUCACCAUAAAGAAAGAUGUUAUGCUGUCCAGGCUGACAAGCUAUUCCUAAGCAAAUAUAAUUAUGUUUAUUUUCAUGUAUUGUCUUGCAGUAGGGCCAUAGAGCCCCAGUUCUGGACAAGGACCUCAGUGUGCUAUGUGCUGUACAAACACAGAACAAAAACUGUUUGUCAUUUAAGAGGAACAUGCACUCCUCUUGAGUGCAGCUGUGUUUAGCUGCUUUUCUUGCGACAUCUGUUAAUGUCGUCACGUUGCAAAUGAAUGCAGGCUUUUGAGCUGUAAGAAAAAUCCACAAUGAUUUUGGAAGGGAGUGCUCCUAAAACAAAACUCAGUGGAGAAUUUUUGCCUGAGCAGGGGCGCAGGAUUAGAUCCCAUACACUGUUUUGAAAAAUUCUUAAGAUUCAGAAGUUUAUUUUGUAUUUAUUUUUCUACUUGAGGCCACAGUUGGUGAUUUUAAGGAAAUGGAAAGCUCCAGGGGGGCCUGGAAAAUUAGACUGGCCAUUCGAGUUUGUGGGUAUGUUUACUCUAACUCUGAGAAUAUGGGUUGCCCCAAGGGCAACGUGUAUUACAGGUUGCUAAAUAAAUAUAUGUUUAAAAGCCUCUUUGUAUAAAUUAGAUGGGCCUUCUUUAUUCAUCUGUUCUCCUUGUACACUACAGGUUUAAAAAAGUAAAAUACAGUAUAAAAGGACUGACUGCUGGUGCAGUUUUUCCAGGAGUGUGAAUAAGGAAUAACUCCA